GUUGUUUGGUUGCCCUUUUACCUUUGCCUUUGUAAUCUAGAUUAUGCCAAACAAGUGCAUCCCCAUGACAAUGAACAACCUAUGUAAUGGGGAUUACUACUGCCAUGAAUCCACCUCUAGACAUAUUUACCCUCUACCCACGUCACAGCCUUUUGUUAUCGGCAUCCUCAACCUCCUCCUCUACCCCUGAUGUGCCUCGCGGACCGUGCCCUUCCUUAGCUGCUGUCACCGUCUCUGUCAUCCACCCUCUUCAACCUCUUCAACCUCGCGAUAUUGUUCAUAGAUGCCGGGAAAGGAGGAGGAUCGGGGGGGUUUGGUUUUCAGUCGAUCAUGUCUUCUCCAAUCAUUCGCAUAGCCAAGUCAGUGACCUCUCUUGCCCGUUCGUCUUCUCGCUGUUUUCCACAGAUCUUCUUGCUUUGUAUCAGGUGAUGCGCUUGAGAGAGACAAGGCCUAGAAAUGACAGACUCGAAUUGGAAUUAAAUCAGAGUUAUUGGUUUGAAUAGCGGGUGAUUUGCUCGGGAAAAAAACUUGUCACGGGCUCACUCGACCACUGGCCAAGUAAGCAAUCCAAUAACUCGUGUUUCUAGUUCUAC